GUGUACCUUAGGUACCCUGCUUGCCAUGUGCUUAGCUUACAUGCUUUUCGACAUCGAAAUGCCCCUCACUAAAUUUAAUUCCUUCACCAAAUUCAUUCGUCCAACGAUCCCGCAUUCUACCUUCAACGCGUCGAACCAAGAAAAAUCUUCCUUCUCCAAAUACAUACCCUCACAAUUAUUAGCACUACUACGGAUGCUUCAUUCUCAUCAUCAAUCGCUUAACGUGCACCAAGUACGAGAGCGUCAAAAUGAGCUUCACUAUCGAGGCUCCAGGCGCCGCGGCACCUCUUAGUUUUCAUGAGCUCUAUCGCGUUUUACACUCGGCAUGCGAUUACCAUGCUCAGAGCCAAGCUCCCACUCAGCAGCUCGCGGCCUGGGAGUCUCAAGAGCAAUACUAUCCAUUGCUUCAGUCCGUGUUUCUUGACAAGAAUACACGCAACGAUGUUCGAUUCCUUGCCUUGACCCAACUAAAGAACGGCGUCGAAAAGUACUGGAGAACUUACCGCGUUCCAAAUUCGAUCUCGGCGGCUUCAAGACAAAUCAUUCGAGACAGGCUGUUCCAAGGAAGUAUCGGCGAAGGCGACAAACGACUCGCGUCCUACAAUGCUUUUGUACUUGCAAAGGUAGUUCGCAUCGACUUUCCUGACAAUUGGCCCAAUCCAUUUACGGACCUUAUCGCUAUCCUUACAGCAACUAAGAAUGGAAACCAGCUUGAGCUCUCAGGCGCUCUUAUAAUACUUCAACGCAUAAUAAAGGAGAUGUGUACAGCACGGAUGUCCAAGUCGCAAACGAGUCUACAACAUGUCACCCCAGAGCUCGUCCACGUACUCGGCGAAGUCUAUGAUGCAAAAGUCACUGACUGGGUGGCAUUUUUGACCAAUGGUCGCGAGGAUGAUUAUGAAAGUGGUGGUGGCCAGGCCUUGCUGGCCAUGGAAAAUAGCCUUGAUGCCCUCAAGUCUAUCCGCAGACUCUUGAUCGUGGGAUAUCAAAGCCCUCGCAAAGACAAAUCUGUCCAAGAACUUUGGAAGUAUUUUCAAGUACAAUUUGCAAAAUUCGUCGACUUCAUUUAUAGCGGUUCGUCCAAGGUGAAGACCUAUUCCGAUCUUAUAGGGGCACAUCUUAUGCAGUUUACGAAGCUUCAUAAUGAGAUGGCAAAAGAUCGCGCUACCGAUUUCGCAUCUCUCCCCAAUUCCGUCCCUCUUGUACGUACAUACUGGGACCUCGCUGCAAGAUUCGCAGAUAUAUUCAAUGAGUCAGAUGGAAUACAAUUAGAACCAUCCGGCACUAAUGGAUCGAAAUCGAAAUCCGACGGCCCACUCCUGGAGAAGCUUGCACUGAAGGGGUUAACUCUGGUGAGAGCCUGUGUUAGAAUGGUUCACUAUCCUCAGAAGACGGUUAAGUAUAAGUCUCCUGAGGAGAUAGAAGAACAAAAGGAGGCAAUCCAGUAUAUCAAAGUCGAACUACUCAAAGAUGAGCUCGUACUUCAGAUGGUGAACGUCCUAAUCACUCGCUUUUUCAAGUUUCGAGAAGCAGACCUGGCUGCUUGGGACACAGACCCGGAGGAGUGGGAGGACCAAGAACAAACUCAAGGCAAUGCUUAUGAAUGGGAAGUACGGCCUUGUGCAGAGAGGCUUUUCCUCGACCUUUUAACACACUCUAAACCCCUCCUCCUAGAACCACUUCUGUCAUACUUUUCCACAAUCCAGAAUCAACAGGCGGAUGUGGUCGCGGAUAUUGUCGCUCGAGAUGCGGUCUAUACCGCCAUGGGUCUAGCGUCCGCUUUGGUAAGAGAAGACUUUGAUUUUGAGGCUGUACUCAAGACGUCAGUGAUAGCAGACGCCCAACGGACCGGACCACUAUUCCGAGUCCUCAGGCGCCGAAUCUCUAUCCUCCUUAGUCAGUGGGUGCCGGUUAGGGUGACGCAGGAAGCUCGUCCGUUGGUUUAUGAGAUAUUUCGACAUUUUCUUGACCCUCGAGACGAAUGCAACGACAUUGUAGUUCGUGCAACAGCUGCAAGACAAUUUAAAAUUGUCGUUGAUGAUUUUCAAUUUGAGGGAGAACCAUUCCUCCCGUAUGCCUCUGACACGCUUCCACGGCUCAUAGAGCUGGUACAGGAAGUGGAUCUUGAUGAGACCAAGCUGGCAAUACUCGAGACAAUACGAAGUCUCAUUCAACGCAUGGAUACGCACGUAUCCCAUUUUGGUGAUAUGGUGAUGACCUCGGUCCCUGGCCUUUGGGAGUCUGCGGGCGAGUCGGGAUAUAUGAUGAAGCAGUCAAUUUUGGCUAUCAUCCAAUCGUUGGUUAUGUCAAUGAAAGGCGAGUCUCUACGCUACCAAUACAUGAUUCUAUCCUUGAUAUCCCAAGCCACCGAAGCCGAGGCAGAGUUACAGGUGUAUCUCAUCGACGAAGCCUUGGACUUGUGGUCCAACGUUCUCAUCCAAACUCCGCCCCCGCUGGUCCCAGACCUUAUAGUCCUUGUGGAGAGAGCCAUCGAAAAUCUCAUUCAACAGAACAAUCAUGCUGUUGUAUACAUAGGCAUCCUUGGCUCCUAUAUUUUACUUGCGCCAGAGACGAUGCUUGAAGAUCGGUACAGGAGGCCAACCUUAACCGCACUUUCCGGCGGGCUUAACGGGACUCUGCGGGAACAGAUCGGUCUUACCAUCAAGUACACUGAAUCAUUCAUACGAUUGGCCCAUGAGCUCGGUGGUAACCCUGGACUACAGCUGGUCGUUCAGGACAUGAUGAGCGUAGGCUUCCUCCCCAGAAUCUUUGAGGAUAUCCAUGACGCUUUUGAAGCCCACCAGACGUCUGGCCCUAAGAAGAAACAGCCCCGUGUCGGCCCCCAUGUACUCACGGACUACUUUGUGAUUCUCUCUCGAAUUGCUGUCCUUGGCCCCGAGCUUUUUGUCGAAGUGCUUAGUGCACUCGGCCCACUGGAACCUGUCUGGAAUUGGCUGAGUACCGAAUGGUUCUCCUCCUUCGAUAAUAUCGCAGACAUUGAUCGAAAAAAGCUUGGGCUUUUAGCCCUUACACGCCUUCUUGAAGUCCCACAACCCAUGCAAGGCCUUGUUCUCAUAAAGCUCCAAGACUACUUUUCGAUGUGGACGAGUGUCCUUGUCCAAGUUAUGGCCGACCCAGCAGAAAACCCUGGCGUGGAUAUGUUGGUUUUUACCAGCGAGCCAGAGGCUAAUGAAUGGGACACACCGAGAGAUGUGAGGGAACGAGCUCUAUUUGCUUCUGACCCGGUCAAACGAAUCAAUUCUCUGCACUUUGUGAAGGAAAGCUUGGAAAACCUGAUUCAAAGGGUUGGUGGGAAUCAAGAGUUUCAGAACAACUGGGCUAUCAAUGUUGAUAAGGAGGUAUUGGUUGCUUUCUAUGAGGUAGAUAAGCCUAUAAGAAACGAAGCAUAAUACAGCAAUCUUCACGGCUCAAUGAGCUGGUGGUCGAUUUGCAUCACGAUAUACGAAGUUUCUGGAAGCGACUGGGGUAGUAUUAGGAUCAUCUGACAUAUCUCGCCCAUGAGAUGUAGAUGAGGAUGGGAAGGGGCGGGUAUGAUGUAUGAGGAAUGUCGCUACGCCGACGCACGG